AUGGAGGCAGCAAAAACCAAGAAGGGAUUAAAAGACUCCAUCGAUGAUGUCCUUGGUGACCUCUUGGGAGAUGAUAUGGAUUCAUCUGAGAAGCCUGUAAAACUAGCUCCACGCACCAGAGAUGCCCCAGGCGGGUCACGGGUACUUCCUUCAAGGGUUAGAACAAAGUCCCUACUGGAAGGUGACUUCUGCAGCACCAUGGCAGGCCUGGUGGGAGCAGAUGCUGAGGUUUCCGAUGUCUCGGAUGCAGACCCAGAGGCCUUGCUCCAAGCUAUGCAGGACAUGGACGACAUGGAUGCCGACCUCCUGGGUCUGAAGAAAUCUAACCUCACCUCUAGCAAAACAGCUGCAAGGGGUUCUGGGAAGGAAGAGCUGCCUAGCGUUCCCAAGUCAACAGGCAACAAGAAUGGCGUGGAAGACCCGCUGGCAGGGCUGCUGUCCGAUGACGAGGACGGAGUGGCCAAGAAGGCUCCCGUGGUAGAGAGGAAGACGGCUUCCAACAAGACUCUCAGCGCCACCAGAGACCAAGAUGGGGACAGGAAUGGAGGCCCCUCUGUACCUCUGACUCCUGGAAGCACCCCCCUCCGAAGGAAAGAAGAGCUGACAUUUGAUGAUGGGGACGAUAUCAUGGCCAGCCUGGGCUUUGGAGACAACCCCACAGCAGACAAGGGGCAGAUGGGAGACCAGGGAGGGCCCCGCCCCGCGCGUGCCAAGCUCGAUGAGCUGCUGGGUCGAGGCACCGCCGCCGCACUGCUGGCCCGCCCGGGCACCGGCGAGCACCGAGAGUUCAAGCUGGACAGGAAGUACCGGAGGCCGCAGGAGAGAGAAGACACCUGGGGUGAGGAAGACUUCACCUUUGGGGCCUAUCAGCCUACAGUGGGCUCCUCAGAAGGCCGGCAGUCCCGCCGGCAGUCAGUCAGUAGGUUCUUAGCAGAAAGCAGCACAGACCCCAGAGGUGACCUGGGCUCCAGGCAGAGCACACCAGCUUCGUCCAGCCCCAUCCACCCCAGAAAGGGAGCUGCCGACUGGCUGGGCCUCAAGGACGAUGAGCUGGACCUGCUUCCACCCUCUCCUACCAGAGAGACCCAGAGAGGUGGCUCAGCCCUCUCUACCCUCUCAGUGCCCCCUCCCGCCCGUCAGCACUCUACCCCAGCUGGUCUGCCCACCUCUGGGGCAAAGCCACCCUCCAGGGGUGCCCCUUCCAAAGCCAGCCAGGCCUCCAAGCCAGGAGCAUCUGAGGACACGGAAGAGGACUGGCUGAGCCACGCUUUGUCCCGGAAGAAGUCCCAGGGUCUGGUCAGAGAGGAGCAGGACCUGAACUGGACAGGCCCACCCAGCAGCCUGCCCCCAGCGCCCACGGACCUGAGCGUGCAGCUCCUGGAGCAGCUGCAGGAGCAACAGCACUGGCAGUGCCGCCUGCCCAGCCUGGAGAGUCAGGAACUUACUAUCUGUCUCCCGAGCUCCCAGCAGCCCCCCGGGGUUUUGGUGCCUAACCAGUCCCUGCCCCCUGAGUCCCGGGCACCAAGCCAGCUGUUGGGCACCGAGUACCAGAGGCAGCUCCAGGCCGCACAGGCACAGCUUCAGGGCAGCACCGCUCAACUCCAGGCUGAGCUGCUGAGGAGUCAGGCCCGGCUGGCCGAGCUGGAGGCCCAGGUGCGGAAGCUGGAGCUGGAGCGGACGCAGCACACGCUUCUGCUGGAGAGUCUGCAGCAGCGGCACCAGGCCGACCUGGAGCUCAUCGAGAGCGCGCACAGGAACCGAGUCAAGAUGCUGGAGACGUCGUACCAGCAGCGGGAAGAGCGGCUCCGCAGGGAGAAUGAAGAGCUGUCGGCCCGGUACCUGUCUCACUGCCAGGAAGCCGAGCUGGCCCGCGCCGAGCUCACCGCCCAGCAUCAGCGGCGCUUGGCGGCUGCGGCGCAGGAGAAGGACCAGGAGAUGGAACGGCUCCGGGAGCUGCAGCGCGCGUCCAUCCUGGAGAUGCGCAAAGACCACCAGGAGCAGCUGCAGCGGGUGAAGCUGCUGAAGGACCAAGAGAUCGACGCUGUCACCAGUGCCACCUCCCACACACGGUCCCUGAACGGCGUCAUCGAGCAGAUGGAGAAGUUCUCGAGCAGCCUCAACGAGCUGUCCUCCCGCGUGGAGGCCUCGCACCUCAGCACCUCCCAGGAGCGGGAGCUGGGGGUCCGGCUGCGGGAUGAGCAGCUCCGAGCACUGCAGGAGAGGCUGGCCCGGCAGCAGCGGGACAUGGAGGAGGAGCGGGCUCGGCUUCAGGAGGUCCUGGCCAAGAUGGAGAUGCGCUUGGGCGAGCAGAGCCGACUCCUGGAGCAGGAGCGCUGGCGUGUGAGUGCUGAGCAGUCCAAAGCCGAGUCCACGCAGCGCUCGCUGGAGGAGCAGAGGAAGGUCAUGGUCCAGCAGACGGCCAUGGAGAGGGAGGAGCUGGAACGGGCCAAGAGCGCCCUGCUGGAGGAGCAGAAGUCCGUGAUGCACAAGUGUGCCGAGGAACGCCGGCGCCUGGCCGCGGAGUGGGCCGAGUUCUACGCACAACAGAAGCUGAGUAAGGAGCGAGCUGAGCGAGAGGUGGAGCGGGCGCUGCAGGUGGACACCCACCGGGAGGGCGCCCUCGUCAGCCUGGCCAAGGAGCAGGCAGAGCUCAAGAUCCGGGCCAGUGAGCUCCGGGUCAAGGAGGACCAGCUGGCGGCCGAGCGGGAGGCACUGGAGCGGGAGCGGCAAGAGCUGCGGCUGGAAAAGGAGCGGGUCAACGCGGCUGCAUUGCGUGUCCAGCUUCGUGCUGAGGAGGUGGAGGGCAUGAGCAAGGUGGCCUCAGAGAAGUAUGAGGCCGGGGAGCGAGCGCUCCGUGAGGCCCGCCAGGUGCAGUCGGAGCACCAGGUGCGGCUCCAGCAGGUCCAGCAGCAGCAGGAGCGGCUACGGCAGCAGGAGCAGCACGUGCAUCAGGAACAUCUGAGCCUGGCCCAGCAGAGGCUGCAGCUGGACCGCGUCCGGCAGGACCUGCCUUCUGGUAUCACAGGGCUGCUCCCCAGGCUGCAGGAUCUGGCGGCCCCGAGCCUGAUCGCCACUGGGACCCCUGCUACCACCAACCUUGACUGUAGCCGUCCGGCGGCCAGCCUGGGCCCUGCGCACCUCUACGCCAAGCUGGUGCUGCUGAAACACACGGCCGAGCAGGACCGAGACUUCUUGGAGAAUGAGCAGUUUUUCCUGGAGACCUUGAAGAAAGCGCCCUACAACGUGACGUCCCACUCAGCCUGA